CGGCCCCUCCGAAGAGCCGGGAGAUGACGGGGAAAUCGGGGGAAGCGCUGAGCAAGCCCAAAUGCGAGACAGUGGCCAAGAGUACCCCGGGGAGCGCCCCGGCCAGGUGCACGGGCUUCGGCAUUCAGGAGAUCCUGGGCCUGAACAAGGAGCCCCCCAGCUCCCACCCGCGGGCUAGCGCCGGGCCUUGGCCUCUCUUACAACGAAAUCUGCUCCAAACCUCGGGAGCAGGGCGACGGCCUGGGCAGGGCCAGCCCGGGCUUAGGGAUGGGGUCGACCUCGCAGAAGGCUUCCCGGGGAGUCCGAAUUCUGAAGAUGUCUCCUCCAGCGACCGGAAAAUGCCCAAGUCAGCCUUAGCCCAGACCAAGAAGCGGAAGAAGCGGCGGCACAGGACGAUCUUUACCUCCUACCAGCUAGAGGAGCUGGAGAAGGCGUUCAACGAGGCCCACUACCCAGACGUCUAUGCCCGGGAGAUGCUGGCCAUGAAAACGGAGCUGCCAGAAGACAGGAUACAGGUCUGGUUCCAGAAUCGCAGAGCCAAGUGGAGGAAGCGAGAGAAGUGCUGGGGCCGGAGCAGCGUCAUGGCGGAGUACGGGCUGUAUGGGGCCAUGGUGCGGCACUCCAUCCCCCUGCCCGAGUCCAUCCUCAAGUCCGCCAAGGAUGGCAUCAUGGACUCCUGUGCCCCGUGGCUGCUCGUUCAAGAUGGCUUUCCCAGGCGCUUUUCUAAACCCGAAUACCAACACUUCUUUUUAGGAAUGCACAAAAAGUCGCUGGAGGCAGCAGCCGAGUCGGGGAGGAAGCCCGAGGUGGAGCGCCAGGCCCUGCCCAAGCUGGAUAAGAUGGAGCAGGAGGAGCGGGGCCCCGACGGCCCGGCGGCCAUGUCCCAGGAGGAACUGAGGGAGAACAGCAUUGCGGCGCUCCGAGCCAGGGCGCAGGAGCACAGCACCAAAGUGCUGGGGACUGUGUCCGGGCCCAACAGCCUGGCCCGGAACGCCGAGGAGCCCGAGGAAGAGGAGGCCAUGGACGAGGACAGGCCAGUGGAGAAGCUGAGUCCUCGGCAGCUCGAGGACGUGGCUUAGGUCAAGGGUCAAGGGUGCGCUGCCACUGGAGCCCAGGACUGCUCUCCUCCGGGCCUGUGGUGCCGGGAGGUGUCCUCCGAGGCUGGGCCCAGCCUGGCCUUUGCCACCCGCUCCCUGCCCCAUAGGCCCUCCAUGACCCCCGGGCGACCUCAGACACAGCUCAAUUCUGGCCAAGGCUUUGGACCACGCUGGUAUCCCCUUCCUAGUCUUGACCUCCUCAGCAUCCUCCUCAGCCCAACAGCCCUGCCUCGGAAGCCUUUCUGCUGCCCACACCGCCCCUCAAGCCGCUUUCACUCAAUCCCUGGCCACUCUCACUGUCCGGAUCUGCCCCUCACUGUCCUCUUGCUCUAGACCCUCUGCCCAGCUCUAACCCCCUGUGGAUUCUGCUCCCCCCAGGCCCACAGCCCAUUGCCUGCCUGGCCCUGUCAGGGGGAGGGGCCCUGCACUCCAGGGCCAAUGUCCUGAGCACCCCAGUCCUCAGCCAGUAACUUCCCCCCUCAGCCUGUCCCUUCCCGCGGGCCCGGACCUGGGCCUCCACCGUGUGAAUGUACUGCCCUGCAGGCCCAGGUACAACCUCUGCUCCACCCCAUCAGUGGGGCCCAGAGUCCAGAUUAAACAUGGGAGGGAAGACUCAGCCUGGGCCCCUCGGCCGCCCUCCGUGGUCACCCCGAGGAACCUGCCCUCUCCACGCCCCACCAUUCCUCCCAGCACCAGUGCCAGCCCCAUGUGAGAUGAUGUGCACCUGUAGUGAGUCCAGGGCCCGUGCCCUGCAGCCAGGGGCACCUCUCACCGAGUGGCUCUCUGCACUGCUGGGGGGACCACCCCCUCCACCAGGGCCCUUGGGCUGUGCUCUAAAGCACCGACUCCCCUGAUGAGCUGCCUGUGACCCUGACUUGCUGUGCAAGGCACCCUUUCCCUGGAGCUUCUCACAAAUUACUGGUUCGCAUGUGCCCUGCCUUGGAGCAACCCAAUCCAGCUAUUAAAUGAACACCUGGGAAGCCACAGACCUUGACCCAGUUUCACCCAGGUUGUCCUUGGAAGGCCAAGCCUGGAGAGGGCCUGGGGCUCUAUAUAGUCAUCAAGGGUUGAUCACAAGAAGGGAAUGAGAAAAGGCUCGAAGGAGGAAAGCAGGAGCCAGUGUUAGACCCAAACAACAAACUAAGCAAUGGGCGCGCGCCUUCAUGCCAGGUGCGUGCAUAGGUGCAUGUCCGCUAGAAUCAGACGGACAGUGAGCACAUGGAGCAGGGGGCAAAAGGUUUCUUCCCGUCUGCUGAGAGGACCUGCCCGUACUGGUGGCCUCUGCAGCUGUCCCCCCACCCCCAGGCCAGGUCAUGUCCCCCUCACCCCAUCCCAUUUCCUUACCAUCCCACCACUUCUGCAGGGAAUACCUCAUGAAAGGCCUGAGACAGUGAAUUGGGAUUUUAACUCCCUAUUGCAAGUUGAUUUCUUCUUCAUUCCAUUCACAGAACUUUCGCCCAGUUCUCGUCUUUGCCCCCUGUUGGUUUGAAGUGUUAGACUGUAGCCCCUGGUGUGUAAAUAAUGUACAUAGAGUGAGAAGAAAGAGCCUUGAUAUUGAGGUGUUUGAAAUAUGGAACUGUAAUAACUUCUAGGUAUUCUAAACCUGUGAUUUCUGUGCCAUUUUCUGUAAAGAUACAAGUAAGAAUAAAAUUGAUGUAAAAACA